AUGAAAAGCUAUCGUCUUGCACUACCUUACAAAUGGAUGGAAUACCCAGUUAAUGCCAUACGCUUUCUCAUAACACAUCCCGCUAUCGGUUUGGUGAUGACUGUGACGGCCAUCGGUUGUGGUACUAUGCUCCGACAUGCUAUCCGGUGUGCUUUCAUCAUUCCGGAAGGUCACCUGCGUUACGAAUCAAUGCCUCGGAAUGAAUACUACUUUAGAAAACGAUGGUAUCCACCAUAUGAACAUCAGAAAAUGGUUCCACCAGUUAGGAUGCACUGUGACGGUAGUCUUGAAUUCCCAUAUGACGAGGAGGAAAGUUAUGUGCGCCGCGAUGAACCGUGCAAUCGAAGACAAUCCGCUUAG